AGUUCCUCGAAGCACUAAGACUAUACUCGAUCCAAAAACCGCACUUCUUGAUUAUCUAACCGAAUCUUUCUGACGUUGACUCAACCCACUCACCACGGAGUUGAAGGGUCCCCGUCUUUUUUUUUACAAAUCCUUGAAGCGGCAUCAGCCAGCUUACAUGCGUAAGGCGUGACUGAUUUCGAAUCUUUUUAAAAACCUGUGCUGGAUCCUUGUCUAUCUCUCCCUCCUUUUCCCUCGUUAUUUCGGAGCACGUCAAAUGUAUAGACUGUUUCUAGCCUGGCCCUUUUAAGAUUUUACAACUCGACUGAGUAUAACCACCAGAAACAACGACAACAGAGGGUGGCGACAAAGAUUAUAUUCUGGCGUUCUUUGCCAUUGUUUUUCACGACUCUUCUUCAGCAAAUCUGCUCAGAAAGGCUCAAUCAUGAGUGUACCCAAUAACGUCGAUGUGAUUUUGACUGGCACAGGCCUUGUUGUUGUAGCAUCAGCCACUACGCCUGCUCUAGCCACCGCCGUCACCCAACUACGGAAGCGUGCUGCACGGGACAACUUCUAUGAGGAUGCCGAUGGCAAGAGUACGCCUGAAAGCUUGGCCGCUUUUUCGAACCGUCUUCCCAAAGUUUCCAUCCUUGCCCUGUCCGCCGUUGGUCUUGGAACAUCAAUUGCAAUUUCAGUACUUCACUCGCUCUCGCAGUCAGAUUCGCUCUUGCUCAAGAAUUGGCUCAUUGCUGGGGCAUGGGCUCUUAUUCUUCUCCAUGCCAUCUCCUUGAGUGCCCAUCAUGCGCCUGUAAAGGUCCACGAUCUUGGCCUGUGGCUUUUUGGGUCUUCUCUCAUCGUUGCCACCAUUACUGUGCCCCAAUUGAUUAAGGAGGCUCAGUUUUUCACUCGAAACAACACAGUGGCUCUUGUUCUUCGUGCUGUGAAUGUUGGUGCAGUCGUCCUUCUCUGCCUCUCCAGUGUGCUACUCCCACGCCGACCUGAUGUAUUCUUCAAAGGCAAAAAGGUCGACGAGCAAUGGACUGUUUCUGCCUUCAGCCGCUACACGUGGUCCUGGGUUGACCCCCUCCUUUCUUUUGCGGUCAAAAAGAACGAUCUGGAUGCCAGCGACGUUCCUCAUGUAGACCGGACGCUGAGAGCUGCUGAUUUGAAAGAGGACUGGCUCGCAUCGAAACCUCAAGGCAGUCUCUUCCGCUCCCUGUUUUGGGCAUACAAAGGCUCCUUUAUGGUACAGCUCUCCCUUACUGUAUUCCGAAACAUCCUGGCCUUGUUACCUUUCUGGACCAUGUUGCGUGUGAUCAACAUUCUCGAACAGCGCGAUGUAGGACUGUCCGGAGCAUCCAACUUUGAGCUCUGGAUUUUGAUUUUUGCGAUGGCUGGCUUUAAUCUCUUAGAUGCCUGGGUUGAAGGAUGGGUAUUCUGGUACUCCUUUGCGAGCAUUGCUCUCCCUAUCCGUUCGCAACUGUCGACACUGAUCUUCGAAAAAUCGCUUCGACGCAAGAACGUCAAGUCCGCGGAUAAGUCGAAAGAGUCGGAUGAGCCACAGGGCCACGCAGAAGACAAGGAGAAUGAAGAAGAUGCAGAUGACGGCUCAAGUGUAUUGAAGUCUAGACAGGCAAUCGUCAACCUUGUUGGUGUCGAUGCGUUGCGAAUCUCGAACUUCACGGGUUUCCAGUUCCUGAUUAUUAACAGUGUCUUCAAGCUCCUAUUUUUCUCUUUUUUUCUGGUUCGCCUGAUUGGAUGGAUCCCUUUCACAGCUGGUUUGGUAGCCUGGGGUCUUACUCUUCCCGCCAAUACCUACUUCUCUCGAGAAUUGCUAUCCAGAUCGGAUAAGUUGAUGAAGCUCCGUGAUGAGAAGUUAGCUGUGGUCAACGAAGCUCUUCUUGGAAUGAGACAGAUCAAGUUCGCCGCCCUGGAGAGUCGCUGGGAAAAGCGCAUCUUGGCUAUGCGAGAGAGGGAACUGAAGACAUUAUGGGGACUUUUUGUUGUUGAUACCGGUCUCUUUGGAUGCUGGGUCGUCAGCCCCAUUUUACUUGCUGCGACAUCUCUUGCUGUCUAUGCUGUUAUGAACGGUCAACUUUUGCCUUCUGUUGCCUUCGUUAGCAUUGGAAUUUUCAAGGCUUUGGAAGUCUCGCUUGGUGUAUUGCCGGAACUCAUCACGAUGGGAGUUGACACGUUUGUCUCCUUGAAGCGAAUUCAAACAUAUCUCAAUGGCCCCGAGAUGAAGAACACACUUUCCGAAGGCACAGAUGUGGCCUUCGAAGACGCGUCCAUUGCCUGGCCCGAAGAUGACGAGACACCUGACGAGGAUAGGUUCAUCCUGAGGAGUCUGAACAUAAGAUUCCCUGCUGGCGAACUUUCAGUGAUUUCUGGAAAGACAGGUACAGGGAAGAGUUUACUUCUUUCUGCCAUUCUUGGUGAAACUGAUGUAUUGGAGGGUUCUGUUUAUGUGCCUAACACUGUUGCCCCGGAAGACCGUCGCGAUGCCCAAGCCAACCUCGGCGACUGGAUUAUUCCCGGAUCUAUUGCUUAUGUUAGCCAAACUCCUUGGCUCGAGAGCGCAUCUCUACGUGAUAACAUCUUAUUUGGACUCCCUUUUAUCGAGGAACGCUACAACCAGGUCGUUGAUGUGUGCGCUCUUAAGAAGGAUCUGCAGAUUUUGACAGAUGGCGACAAGACGGAGCUCGGUGCAAACGGCAUCAAUCUGUCUGGCGGUCAGAAAUGGCGUGUCACGUUAGCGCGGGCUAUUUAUUCACGAGCCGAUAUCUUGGUGAUGGACGACGUCUUUAGUGCUGUCGAUGCACAUGUCGGCCGCCAUAUCUUUGAGAAGUGUGUCACGGGCGAUAUUUGCAAGGGACGUACUCGAAUCCUAGUCACUCACCACGUUGCUUUAGUGCAGUCGAAGGCCAAGUAUAUAGUAGAGCUUGGUGAAGGUGUUGCUCUGCAUGCUGGUUUGAUUUCUGACUUUAUCAAGGAUGGGACCCUGGAGGAGAUUUGCCAGCACGAAGAGACUGCGCAACAAGCUUCUGAAGAUGAGACGACUGAUUCCUCAACGGCUGUCAACUCCGAGGAAGCUUCCAUCACAGACCCAGCCGAGAAUAAUGAGAAUAAUGCGCUGCAGAAAGUACCGUCCAAGAACGCUAAGCAGUUCAUACAGGAAGAAGUUCGGGAAAGGGGUGUCGUUAAGAAGCAUGUCUAUCUGACCUAUCUGCAAGAUAGUGGCGGCGUUGUCCUUUGGAGCAUUUGUGCACUUGUUUUUCUUGGAUAUGAAGUUGGCAUUCUUGGUCGAGCAUGGUGGCUCCGAAUUUGGACUGGUGAUGUCGACGAAAGUAUUUCAGUUGGCAGCAUCCAGCAGCAACAUGGUCACGCCUCAGUAUUCUCUCUUCAACAUUUCCCGUACUCCUCCGCGCCCGAGUUCAGGGAUAGUAGGACUCACUAUGAUUUGAAGUACUACUUAUGGAUCUACAUUGCCAUCUCCAGUGCUACUGCAAUUGUUGGCACAUUCAGGUUCUUCUGGGCCUAUUUCCUUGCUAUCAAAGCGAGCCGAUCACUCUUUGAAAAGAUGCUGUUUACUGUCCUGCAUACUCCUCUGAGAUGGCUCGACACUGUUCCCGUCGGCAGAAUUCUAAAUCGAUUCUCGUCCGACUUCAAUAUCAUCGAUAACCGUAUCACUAUGGACUGGACUCAGUUCAUCUCCAACUUGCUAUCCCUGGUCGGUGUCUGCGUGGCCGCCUUCUUCGCGUCCGGUAUCGUGAUCCCCUUGGCUAUAGUUCUACUGGGACUUGGUAUUCUACUGGGUAAUAGAUAUCUUUAUGGCGCACGACCACUAAAACGACUCGAGAGUAACUGCAAGUCCCCAGUCUUCGAGCUCUUCAACGCAGCCCUUGCGGGUGUGUCGACAAUCCGAGGCUACAAGAAGACACAGGUCUAUAUUAACAGGAUGUAUGAGAAGCUUGAUUCGUGGAGCAUCAUCACCUCUUACAUGUGGCUUGUGAACCGCUGGAUGGGUCUACGGAUGGGUCUUAUUGGUACAUUAUUCUCGACUAUCGUCGGGAUAAUUGUUAUUGUGAGCCCUAAUAUGGACGCUGCCUUGGCUGGCUUCACCUUGUCUUUUGCCAUGGAUUUUGCCGAGAGUAUCCUCUGGACCAUUCGAAACUAUGCUGGUAUGGAGCUGAAUAUGAACUCAACCGAACGAGUUGUCGAAUAUACCGAACUUGAGACCGAGUCGCUUGAGGGAGAGAAGCCUUCUGCCGCGUGGCCUACUUCCGGAACUAUGGAGAUCAAGGAUCUCGAGGUUUCAUACGCUCCUGACCUUCCACCAGUACUCAAGGGAAUCUCCUUUGACGUCAAGAAUAACGAAAGAGUCGGUGUUGUGGGGCGUACAGGUGCUGGAAAGUCGUCUCUGACUCUGGCCUUGUUCCGAUUUUUGGAGGCCCGUUCUGGUAGCGUCACUAUCGAUGGCCUGGACAUUUCCAAAAUUGACCUGCAUAGCUUGCGAUCUCGCCUAGCCAUCAUUCCUCAGGAUCCUGUCCUUUUUUCGGGAACAAUCAGAUCCAACCUUGACCCAUUUGAGGACAAUACAGAUGAUGAGCUUCGCGAGUCACUGGGCCGCGUCCAUCUUGUCGACUCACAGCCAGUUACACCCACUAACGAGCCAGCCUCUGCGGCGACCUCGACACUUGCUGCCAAGAAUACAAACAUAUUCCGAGAUCUAUCAAGCCCAAUCUCUGAGUCUGGCGGCAACCUAUCUCAGGGUCAACGACAACUUCUCUGUCUGGCUCGUGCCAUUGUGGCACGGCCUAAGAUCAUGGUACUAGACGAGGCCACUUCCGCCGUCGACAUGGCUACCGAUGCCCUUAUCCAGCGCAGCAUUCGAGAGGAGUUUACAGACAGCACACUCAUCGUCAUUGCACAUCGUCUGAGCACCAUCGCUGACUUUGAUCGCAUCCUAGUCCUUUCAGACGGUCAGGUUGCAGAGUUUGGGACUCCCAAGGAGCUUUGGCAACAAGAGGGUGUGUUUCGUGACAUGUGUGAGAGCAGUGGAGAGAAGGAAAAGCUGAAACAAACGAUAUUUGGCUAGAUGAUGAAGAAAUUUUAGGACCUCGAUUAUAAACAAUAAAAGUACUGAAUUUCGCAUAACCUUAGUAUGCCUUUAGAUUGGUUAUCUUUUGCCCCUUGGUUUAAGAACAAGUGUUUUCUUGUUCCCCGAGGCAAGGGUAUCAGUAGAGAAACUUCCCGAUAUUUGAAUCGCGAAUUUCGAGUCGAGGCAUUAGCAAGGAAGAUCAUUUACGCCAAGAAACAUUUCUUUUCACUUUAGAGUGUAUGGCUCAGCGUCACAAGUUUAACUCGGAACAAUCGUCCAGAAGGACAUAGGGAUCAACAAAAGAGCAUGGAAGCAUAUGCACAAGUCGAAAACAAAUAACUGCGAAAUUUGAUUUUAGUACUAAUCCUCGAAUCAAGUAGCUGAUAUUUGUUCAAGUCCUAGAUCUUGGUGACACCGAAUUCAUGCCCUGGGUCAAACAUUCCUGUUUCUGAAUAGUAGAUCUCCCAUAAAUUAAUCAGGCGGUCCAUAAUAUCUGGGUUGCUGUCAGCGAGAUCGUGCAACUCGCCUGGAUCGUUCUUCAAGUUGUACAGCUCCCAUUUGUCUUUUCCUCUUGGUGCGGUCAUGUACAAAGCCUUCCAGUGACCCUCCCUGAUGGCUCGAAGACCGAACAGCUCCCAACCAGUGAUCUCCUUUUCCUCGUCAUGAAAAGCUGGAGAUUGGUCUUCAAGAUGUAACACCCAUGAGGAUCCCCUCACGGGGAAUACUUCUCUGCCUCGGAAUUUGCUUCCUGGUAAGGGGAUGCCCGCCAAGUCAAGGACUGUCGGUAGAAUAUCCAUGACCGUACAGAAUGAGUCGGUGUGCGAUCCGCCAGCCUUGGAGAAAGGAGGAUAUCGAACAAGGCAUGGACAUCUAAUACCGCCUUCAGUGAUCCAAGUUUUGAAACCUCUAGAGGGCGCCAUUGACGCGCAUGCCCAUUCAGGACCAUACCAGAUAUAUGAGUCUGCCAUUCCCAUGUUAUCAAUCGAGUUAUCGUAGUAUUUGUUGAUGAUCUUUGGGACACUUCCAACACUGCCCAUCAUGGGAACAGCUUCGAGCAUAGCCCCUUCGGCUCCGUUGUCUGACAUGAAGAGGACAAAGGUGUUGUCUAACUCAUCAAUAGAGUCGAGAUAGUCUACCACGCGGCCGACAUUGACGUCUAUGAGAUCUACCAUAGCGGCAUAGACUUCCAUUUUCCUCGCCGACUCAGCCUUCUCCAUGGGUGACAUCUUAUCCCAAAGUUCGACUGUCACGGGUGCUGGUUCUGUGUCUUCAGAGAUGAGUCCCAGUUUAACGAGAUUCGCCAACCUUCGUUUGCGCAAGGCUGCUGGUCCAUCGUCGUAGAUACCCCUAUAUUUCUCGAUUGUCUCGCGGGGCGCCUGUAGAGGCCAAUGAGGUGCAGUGAAAGGUAGAUACGCAAAGAAUGGUUGUUCAGUGUCUUUGCGAUCUUUUAGGAAAUCAAUCAAUUUUUCGGAAAAGGUAGUUGUCGAGUAAAAGUCGUCGGGGAUAUCUUUUGGGUUUUUCCGAUCUAAGAAUCUGUCGUCUUGCAUCCAGAACUUGCCGGCGUUCAUGGGUGUGAAGAACCCGUGAGCUGGGUCGUCGAGUUGUGGUUCAUAGUUGUAGUGAUUACAGCAGCCUGAUAAGAAGACAUAACUGUUG